AAAUCGCGUUGCAGAUCUCACGCCUGGCCACACUCUUGGUUUUAUUUUAGAAGUGUUUUUGCAGUGUAAGUUAUUUUUUAUAAAAAACGUUGCCUACUGGAAGCUUUGCACAACAUUUAAAAAGCAGAAAAUCGAGAAAAUCGGCAAAAUGACGCAAAUGUCUCAGGACGAAAUAAUAACCAAUACAAAAACAGUCCUCCAAGGCCUCGAAGCCUUGCGAGUGGAACAUGUUUCGAUUAUGAACGGCAUUGCCGAGGUCCAGAAGGACAACGACAAGUCGGACAUGCUGCGAAAAAACAUCGAGAACAUCGAACUGGGCCUCAGUGAGGCCCAGGUGAUGAUGGCUCUCACUUCGCAUAUGCAGAACAUCGAGGCCGAGAAGCAAAAGUUAAAGACACAGGUGCGCCGCCUGCAUCAGGAGAACGCCUGGCUGCGCGACGAACUGGCCAACACGCAGCAGAAGUUCCAGGCCUCAGAGCAGCUCGUCGCCCAGCUGGAGGAGGAGAAGAAGCAUUUGGAGUUCAUGGCCUCGGUAAAGAAGUACGACGAGAACCAGGACCAGGACGACAGCUGCGAGAAAUCCCGCACCGAUCCGGUGGUGGAGCUCUUUCCGGACGAGGAGAACGAUGACAGAAACAACAUGUCUCCCACUCCGCCCAGCCAGUUUGCCAAUCAGACUUCCGGCUACGAAAUUCCAGCACGUCUGCGAACACUGCACAACUUGGUUAUUCAGUAUGCAUCGCAGGGCAGGUACGAGGUAGCCGUUCCCCUCUGCAAACAAGCCUUGGAAGACCUCGAAAAGACCAGUGGCCACGAUCAUCCCGAUGUAGCAACAAUGCUAAAUAUUCUGGCUCUCGUGUAUCGUGAUCAGAACAAGUAUAAGGAGGCAGCCAAUUUACUGAACGACGCUCUGUCGAUUCGUGGAAAAACUCUCGGCGAGAACCAUCCAGCCGUAGCCGCCACCUUGAACAAUUUGGCCGUCCUCUAUGGCAAACGUGGCAAGUACAAAGAUGCCGAGCCCCUUUGCAAGCGUGCCUUGGAGAUCCGAGAGAAGGUUUUGGGCAAGGACCAUCCCGACGUUGCCAAGCAGCUCAACAAUCUGGCCCUGCUCUGCCAGAACCAGGGCAAGUACGACGAGGUUGAGAAGUAUUACCAGCGAGCACUCGACAUUUACGAAUCGAAGCUGGGGCCCGACGAUCCGAACGUGGCCAAGACAAAGAAUAAUCUGGCUGGCUGCUAUCUGAAGCAGGGCAGAUACACCGAAGCGGAGAUACUCUACAAGCAGGUGCUGACCCGCGCCCACGAGCGUGAGUUUGGGGCCAUCGAUAGCAAAAACAAACCCAUUUGGCAGGUGGCCGAGGAGCGUGAGGUCAACAAAUACGACAACAGAGAGAAUACCCCAUAUGGCGAAUACGGUGGAUGGCACAAGGCGGCUAAAGUGGACUCCCCAACCGUCACAACCACUCUCAAGAAUCUGGGGGCACUCUACCGGCGGCAGGGCAUGUUCGAGGCUGCCGAGACCCUCGAGGACUGUGCAAUGCGGAGUAAAAAGGAAGCCUACGAUCUAGCCAAGCAAACAAAGGUCUCACAGCUGCUGACAUCGAAUGAGAAGCGACGAUCCAAGCAGAUUAAAGAUGACAUGGACUUCACCGAUGAGAAAAAUGCGAAACCAUGAAAAUAUUAUUUGUUCAUCGCCCACAACGGAAUCUUUAUGUUUAUGAUUGAAAGUUAACAAGAAAAAAAAACACACACACUUUAUUUAUUCAUUCCUUAAUAUACAUAAGCUGCUCUCAAAGCAUACAUUAGCAGAUAAACAACGUUUUAUACCUUGUUAUUUCGGCAAAAAGAAGAAUAUGUACCGCUUUUAAUAAUAAAAACCAAAUAUAUUUAACAGA